CCUCCGCGCUGCCGCGAUGCCCCCCCCUGCGCCCGGGGCCCGGCUCCGGCUCCUCGCCGCCGCCGCCCUGGCCGGCCUGGCCGUCAUCAGCCGAGGGUUGCUAUCCCAGAGUGUGGAGUUCAGCUCACCUGCAGACAACUACACAGUGUGUGAAGGUGACAACGCCACCCUCAGCUGCUUCAUCGAUGAGCACGUGACCCGAGUGGCCUGGUUGAACCGCUCCAACAUCCUGUAUGCAGGAAACGACCGCUGGACCAGUGACCCCCGGGUGCGGCUGCUCAUCAAUACACCUGAGGAGUUCUCCAUCCUUAUCACCCAGGUGGGGCUUGGUGAUGAGGGCCUCUACACCUGCUCCUUCCAGACCCGCCACCAGCCCUAUACCACUCAGGUCUACCUCAUCGUCCAUGUCCCUGCCCGCAUCGUGAACAUCUCCUCACCUGUGGCAGUGAAUGAAGGGGGCAAUGUGAACCUUCUCUGCUUGGCUGUGGGAAGGCCAGAGCCCACUGUCACCUGGAGACAGCUCCGAGACGGCUUCACCUCAGAGGGCGAGAUUCUGGAAAUCUCCGACAUCCAGCGGGGCCAGGCGGGGGAAUAUGAAUGCAUUACUCACAACGGGGUGAACUCUGCGCCCGACAGCCGUCGUGUGCUGGUUACAGUGAAUUAUCCCCCGACCAUCACUGACGUUACCAGUGCGCGCACAGCCCUGGGCCGGGCCGCCCUUCUCCGCUGCGAAGCUAUGGCGGUGCCGCCUGCAGAUUUCCAGUGGUACAAGGAUGACAGGCUGCUAAGCAGCGGCUCGGCGGAGGGUCUCAAAGUGCAGACCGAGCGCACCCGCUCCAUGCUUCUCUUCGCCAACGUGAGCGCUAGGCACUAUGGCAACUACACCUGUCGAGCAGCCAACCGACUUGGAGCAUCCAGCGCCUCCAUGCGGCUCCUGCGCCCAGGAUCCCUGGAGAACUCAGCUCCGAGGCCACCGGGGCCCCUGACCCUCCUCUCCGCCCUGGGCUGGCUGUGGUGGAGAAUAUAGAUGUCACCCAGUAGAGCGCACCUCCCCCCUGCAGGGGGCCUCGGGCCAGGAGCAAGAAAAGGGGGGUGAGCGAGCGCCCGUGGGUCUCAAGGGAACAGAAGAGCUCUCAGCCACAGAGGAAGAAAGAAGAGGAGGAGGAGGAGGAAGGUCUUUUAGAGAACCCAUCACUGUGAGGGAUAACGCAAAAUUAUGCAUCUUUCUACAGCCAUUCUCGCCACCCGUUCACGUUUCCAAUUGUGACCCACCACCCCCAGCCACUCCACACCCCUCUCUUAGCUCAGGCUGUCAACUGGCUCGUGUGUGUGUGUGUGUGUGUGUGUGUGUGUGUGUGUGCGCGCGCG